AUGGGGCGCCCGCGGCCCGCGCCGCGCCUCCGGCUGCUGCUGGCGCUGCUGGCGCUGGUGGCGCCCCGCGCCCGCGCCUGGGACAGCGGCGACCUGGAGCUCUUCGACCUGGUGGAGGAGGUGCCGCGGAACUUCUACGACUUCCUGGGGGUGCAGCAGGAUGCUUCGUCUGCAGACGUUCGGAAAGCAUAUCGAAAGCUUUCACUAAUUUUACACCCAGACAAGAAUAAAGAUGAAAAUGCAGAAACACAGUUUAGGCAAUUGGUGGCCAUCUAUGAGGUUUUAAAGGAUGAAGAAAGGAGGCAGAGGUAUGAUGAUAUUCUGAUCAAUGGACUACCAGAUUGGCGACAGCCUGUAUUCUACUACAGGCGGGUGAGAAAAAUGAGCAAUGCUGAGCUGGCAUUACUUUUGUUCAUUAUACUCACAGUGGGUCAUUAUGCUGUGGUUUGGUCAAUCUACCUGGAAAAACAGCUGGAUGAACUGCUUAGCAGAAAAAAGAGGGAGAAGAAGAAAAAAACGGGCGGCAGGAGUACAGAUGAAGCCAAACUUGCUGCUGUAGACAAAAAUGAAAGAGUACUGGACAAACCACAAUGGCAUGACUUACUUCCAUGCAAGCUGGGAAUAUGGUUCUGUCUCACUGUGAAAGCUUUACCUCAGCUAUUCCAGGAUGCCAGACAAUUAUAUGUAGAAUAUAAAGAAACAAAAAUGAAGGCGAAAGAAGAUGCCCUGGCUAAGGCUGAACUUGAAACACUUCAGAAGGAGAAGAAGCCUAAAGUUAAGAAACCAAAAUCAGAAUUCCCUGUAUACGUGGUUCUGGAGUCAAGUGCGUAUAUACCAUCGUAUGAUCAUGGAGCUUCAAUUGAAGAGAUUGAGGAACAGAUGGAUGAUUGGUUGGGAGGCAGGAACAGAACACAAAAAAAGAAGGCACCUGAAUGGACAGAGGAGGACCUCAGCCAGCUGACAAGAAGUAUGGUUAAGUUCCCAGGGGGGACCCCAGGUCGAUGGGAAAAGAUUGCUCACGAAUUGGGUCGAUCAGUGGCAGAUGUUACCAUGAAAGCCAAACAACUGAAGGAUUCCGUUACAUAUACACCAGGUAUCAUUAGGCUCUCCGAGCUGAAAACGCUGGCACAGAAUUCCAAGAAUGCCAAAGUCAACGUGAAUUUGCCAGACCACAUAAUCACCCAGCGAGAAAGGGAGGAGGAAGAGGAGGAGGAGGGGAACUACGAUCAUGUCCCAGAGCAGAUGGAUGUCCAAAUAGAUCAAAAGGAGACCAUUGCAAGUGAAGCUAGACACCGCAAACGAAAAAUUGUCAAAGCACCUGAAAUGACUCUACCAGCAACAAAAGAGGUACCAGAAGAGAAGGGCAGAGGAAGACGCCAGAAAGAUUUUGACAACACCGAGCAAGAGGAAGAGAGUGAUGAUGAGAGCCGAAAAAGAGAGAAAAGCCGUGCCCCAGAAGAACUAUGGACUCAAAAUCAACAGAAACUUCUUGAAAUGGCCUUGCAGCAGUAUCCAAAGGGAACAUCGGAUCGCUGGGAUAAAAUAGCAAAAUGUGUUCCUGGAAAAAGCAAGGAGGAGUGUAUAGCAAGAUACAAGUUGCUUGUUGAACUGGUACAAAAGAAAAAAAUGGCUAAAAGCUGAAUGUUCUGAGCAGAAGAGAUGUAGCUCAUCUUUGUCAAAAUGGGGUUUUAAAUCUCAUGUGCAGGAAACCGCAUUUUUGUACCUCAGUAUUUCUAUACGUUAUGUGCCUUAGUAAAAGAAAAUAUUAAUAAAUCUUAUACCAUCUUACCUA